AUGUGGGCACUACAGAAGAAAGCAGCCGCGAUGGGAACGCGUUUCAAGAUGUCCGACGAGGAGCUGAUGCUCACGGCCCAGAAGCCGCUGCCCUGGAAGACCGGACCGCCGGCAGAAGAAGCCCUUCUGGCCCUGGCCACGUGUCCUACGAUGCAGCUGUGGUGUCAUGAUCUGAAUUGGACUUUUCACUUCGAUGCCGCGAGGUGUUCCCGGAAAGACUGGAGGAGAGAGCUAUGACCGUCCUUGCUCCGCGUGUGGAGGAAUGCGACAUCCCACUGGUGGACCCGAAGCUCCUUGCAUUGACGCACGAUUCGGAGACCGAAGCCACGGAGAAGCUGCUGGAGAAGAUUGUGGAAACCGGAGCCGCUGUGAUCGUGCUCAUUGUACCAUUCACUCUCGAUGAGAGCGUGGGGGAAGAGUGGGAACGGCUGAUGGAGAGAAUCCCGGAGGAGGUCCGAGUGCUGCUCGUGCCCGCACCAACCGACGUCGAAGACUUUGGAGUCUGCGACACGUUCAUCCGAAUUGUGCACCGCACUCGAUGAGUCAAGGGCAAGUUGGAUAUCGUGCCUCCAGAUGGCCGCGUCCGGCACAUGGGCUGGAGGCUGUGCGAGCUCGGCAAGGCCAAAGGGACCGUGGAGUACUUUACGGAAGCCCAUCGACUCGCCAAGGAUCAGCAGUUCGAGUGGCCCAACUUCAAGGUGAGGCAGGCCGGGAAGAAGGACUCGGGGAGUCAUGCGACGGCGAGAAGCGGCAAGACGACCCCGAAUCCAGGACCACAGCGCGGAAAUGCUCAGGAGGAGCACGAAGGAAGGCAGAGAGAAGGCCCGUCGCAGAGCCGGCGUGACCACGGACAUCCGCAGAUGCAUCCCUACCGACGGAAUCGAGGAGGUAGAGGAGGAUUCGAGGCUGGACGUCACUGA